AUGGAAAUAAAUGAGAAACUAGACAAUUUUUUAGUGUUGGAAAAGGGUAUGAGCUUUAAGGAUCUUGAUGAAGCUAAAAGAGUUAUGGGCUAUUACGCAGUUUCUAAUAAGAAAGGACUUAGGGUUGAUCAUGGUAACAAUAUUAGACUUAGAUAUAAGUGUGAUGUUGGCUGCCUUUUUGUGUGUUUGAUUUCUGUACAUAACAAAGAUCAGAGAUUUAAGAUUAAGACCUUGGAACUAAAACAUAAUUGUCAGCCAGCAUUUAAAAAUAGAAGAGCUACUCAACAAGCUUUAGCACACUACUUCAAGAAAAAUGUGCAGAAUAAUCAUAAGUACAAGCUGAAAGACAUGAGGCGAGAUUUGGAUGAUCAAUUUAAACUUAAUAUUAGUGCUUCAAAGAUGAAGAAGGUUAAGAGGAUCGUUUUAGAGAAACUGGAUGGUAGCUACAUUGAUGAUUUCAAUAGGUUGGAGGCUUAUGCUCAAGAAUUGAGGGAUAGCAAUCCUGGUACUGAUGUGAUGAUAAACAUAUCUAAAAAGGCUCUUGAACAAGGUAAAAGAAGAUUUCUAAGAAUGUAUGUGUGCUUUCAAGCUUUGAAAAGUGGUUGGAGAGGAGGGUUGAGGCCAUUUAUAGGGCUUGAUGGCACCUUUCUGAAAGGGAAGUGUAGAGGAAUUUUGUUGGUUGUCCUUGGACAAGAUUCAAUGAAGCACUUCUAUCCUCUUGCUUGGGCAGUAGUGGAUAGAGAAACAUCCAGAACAUGA